UCGCGCACUUCUCAUUGGUCAGAAGUUUUUCCUCUGCGUGACAUCACACUGAGCACCCGGACCCGAACGAGCCAGAUGAUUCCAGAUGUUGGACACCUCGGGACCGACCGAAGACCGACUCGCAGCGUGAUGGGAGGACAGAGUCGCGCGAGCGAGAGGAGAGGAGGAUUUGUGUGAAGACGCGCGCGCGACAGGAACCAGAUCUGCCACCUGCGCGUCGGAGCCGUUGGUUUUGGACUAUGACAUUAAGUUCGGGGAUCAUGGAAGAUGUGAUCGAUGUCGUCGGUGAAGGCGUGAAAGAGAACGCGGAGGAGCCUCGUUUGUCGGAGUGCCCCAAAGAGCCGUGCAGCCCCGCGCCCAAGACCAAAGGUCCCGCCUCGGUGAAGCCGCCGUACUCCUACAUCGCUCUGAUCACCAUGGCGAUCCUGCAGAGCCCCAAAAAGCGGCUGACCCUGAGCGAGAUCUGCGACUUCAUCAGCCACCGCUUCGUCUAUUACCGGGAGAAGUUCCCCGCCUGGCAGAACUCCAUCCGACACAAUCUGUCCCUGAACGACUGCUUCGUCAAGAUGCCGCGCGAGCCCGGGAACCCCGGCAAGGGCAACUACUGGACCCUGGACCCCAACUCGUCGGACAUGUUCGAGAACGGGAGCUUCUUGCGCCGCAGGAAGAGAUUCAAGCGGCAGCACUUUCGCUUCGACAAGGAGCAGAGCUUGGAGCGCAGCGGAUUAUUCCCUCACUCCGCGUACGGACUCGGGGCCGCGGCUCUGCAGCUGCCCGGACUGGAGGUGUACCCCUACAUCCACCACGCUGCCUCUCCGUGCUCCCCGGCCUCCAUCCCACCUGUCAGCAGCAUCCUGCCGGCUCUUUCCAGCUUCUUCUCGCGGAGCUCCAUGACGGCCAAGGCCUUGCUGCAGUCCUCGCCCGGGAUCGACGCUUUCUCCGCGGCACACUGCGGCUUCUCCCCGCCGCUGAGCUCCGGCGCUGCCUUCGCGUCCUCGCCGCUUUUCCACCCGGCGGUUUCCCCUCAGUUCCUCUCGCUACAACAGGAAUAUCACAAAGCACAGACUCAGCGUGGAGCUGUGGACCUGGUCAAACACAUCCACUCGGUCGGUCACGAGUGAGCAGCCGUGCUCGUGGACGGUCGCUGCUCCCAGGUAACAAACGGGUGUCGACAAACAAGUGCCGGGGUCAAAACAAGACCGUCGUCUUUUUCGAAAA